CUCUUUUUCUAAUUCGCUUUUUGUUUCAGGCCCAGACCACUGUGAAGCAGGAUGCUUCGGUUUUGCAUGGCUGCCUCUGUUUCUUCUCAGAAACGUCGCACACUUAAUUCAGUUCAAUUGGAAGCUAUUAUUUUGACGAGGUUGUGGGUGGCGGUAGUUGGUACUUUCUUGCACCUCUGUCAUGCAUGGCGGGUCGGUGGGUCGGUUCAGGUGGUGGUCCGUGGUGCUUGCGGCGUGCUCCUCGCACGAGGUUCGCUGGUUCCGCCCUGCAACCGCCAAACUUAUUGGCCUUCGACACAACAGCCCGCGUGUUAAGGGACCCUUAACUGUGGCCGUCGUGCCCGAGGACCGGUGUCUUGCCCGUUUGGCUCCACUAACGCUGUGAUGCUUGCAGGUUCCGUGAAGGCCGAGGAAUCGGAAGACCUUGAAGGAAGGGACAAUGGAGAGGACGCGAAUGGCGGUUUCGCAGGCGAAGGACCCCCAGCGGCCACCCCGCAGCUCCGCAUCAGCAGCACCUUCUCCCUGGCCGGCCCGGCCGGCGAUGCGGGGCAGGCGGAGCAGGCUUGGCGGCAGACGCGCAGCAGGAAGGCGAGGCUGGACUCCAAGCUCGGGGAGUCCGGGAACAAGUCUCGGGACAAGGCGGCCCCGCGGAAGCACCGAGCAGGCAACUCCAAGGCGGGGCGACACGUGUGCCAAGUGUGCGGCAAGGACUGGCCAUCAGCUUAUAAGCUGGAGAUUCACGCGAGGAAGCACACCGGAGAGAAACCGUACGAGUGUGAUGUGUGCGGGAAAACGUUUUCCAUGAAACAUAGUCUUGAGUGGCACACGAGGAUCCACAACGGGGAAAAGCCCUACGAGUGCGACUUGUGCAAGAAGAAGUUCGUUCAGAAGGGUGCUCUUGAUAGGCACCUGAGGAUCCACACCGGUGAAAAGCCCUACAAGUGCGACGUGUGCAAGAAGAAGUUCGCUGUGAGGAGUAAUCUUGUUGUGCACAUGAGAGUUCACACCGGUGAACAGCCCUACAAGUGCGACGUGUGCAAGAAGAAGUUCACUGAGAAGGGUAAACUUGAUGUGCACAUGAGGGUUCACACUGGAGAGAAGCCGUACGAAUGCGACGUGUGUGGGAAAAAGUUCACUCAGAAGGGUCAUCGUGAUUUGCACCGGAGGCUUCACACUGGCGAGAAGCCUUAGUUUUGUACGGAGAAGUGUCAAUUGUGUGUCGUUCAAUGGCCACGCGCUCAUUUAUGUGUGUCGCAAGGAUUUGAUUUGUUCGGUUUUCUGUCUUCGUGUGGGUGGACUGACGCAAUGUGCACGCGGACACUUAUAACAGUGAAGGAUAGGUUUUUCGCGCCUCUAAAAUUUGUUUCUUGACCAAUUAUUUGCUAUUUAUCUUGCCUAGUUAUUGCGAAAGGCUUUGUAUGUGACAGUGCAUUGUUUUAUUUUCAUUUGUCAUGUUUCUUGUGGCCAUCAAAAGCUUUGUUACUGAAUAAAUAUUUCCUUUACCUUUC